AUGCAUUCAUCAAGUUCAUCUGCAAUAGGAAAUUGCUCAUUUAUACCUGGCAUAAAACCAUUAGAAUCUCCUGGCGUAACUCCAAUAAAGCCGUUGCCAUUUUCACCAAGUCAGUUCCUGAACUCGCCAUCAAUUAAUCUAAACUUUGAUAGUAAAAUUCCAGCGAGUACACCAGUUCGCAAAUAUAAUAAUCAAAAGAAUAACGAGGAAGACGUGCUAGUUACACCAAAGCAAACGUUGAGAAAGAUGUCAAAAGAAUUAUUUCCACAUGAAGUUCAAGAAAUUGUCAUCAAAACGGAGAACAUGAAUGAUGAAGAUGCAAAGCCUACAAUGAACACUCCGAAUGCGAAGUCGGUAUUAAAUGGACCACGAACCCCUACACCAUUCAAAAAUGCACUUAAUGAGUAUCGUAAAAUACAUCCGUAUGUUCCAUCAAGCCCAAAUGGUUUGGUAGAAGAUAUAACUGAAAUAAUGAACAAAGAAAGGCAACAAGACUCAACGAUGGACUCUGUUUACGAAACUGACUCUAGUGUAGUAGUGCAGCCUGUGCAUAUGGAAGAUGAACCAAUAGCUAGCAUGUCAAACCCAAAACGUCUCACUUAUGAUGAAACAGAUUCAAGUCAGCAACAAAAGAAAGCUAAGAAAUCACUGGAGUCCACAUGGAAUACAACAACUACCGAUGAAUCAGAAGACUUUCCAUUUGUCGAGACUCCGAGUAAAGCACUGAACUCGAACUCGGGUGUAGCAUUUUCACCGCCCAGCAUUGUUAAGGAUACAUUGGGUGAUUCAGGCAUGCUUCUUGAUACGGAUAUGACGAUAACGAAUAAUAGCCCGAAUGCAUCACCAUCUCAGGUACAUAAUACAAUAAAAAGAAACGAAAAUAAGAUUAUGAUGCAUCAAAAUAAUGGUAAUAUGCAACACCAACAACGACAACAGUCAAAUCAACAUUAUCAUCAGAAUGACCUCAGUUUACAAAAACAAGAAAACAGAUGCACUCAACUUAAGCCAAUACAUAAUUUUAAUUCGAUCUCACAACUCAAUUCCGUUCAGAGUAGUUUAAUUAGUUCAGAGAAAGUAUAUAAUCGCAAAAUCCAAAGAUCACUAUCCACUAUCACUUUACCAACAGAUGAAAAUGGUGCUAAAGUCAAUCAACCAUUAUUACAGUUUAAUCCAUAUGCUGAUGAAAAUGAUGGCAGCAACCGAUUUCAGUUAUCGAAAAGUAUCAAUAAUAGAAUUAACAACAAUUCAUUUGUAAAUGACCCAACAACACUAAUGAACAACAAAUUGAAUAGAGCGCGAUUAUUUGGGAAUGAUCGAACAAACUUGAUGUCUAUUGAUCGGCUCUCAUUUUCUCAUCGGCCUCAAAAUGUUAUCAGUUUAGGUAAAGAGAAUUUUCAUACAUUCAAUAUCAGCAACAAUAUGAUUUUGAAAAACUCGAAUGAUAUGAGCUCAGGGACUCAGGAAUAUUCUAAAAAUUUACAUUUAAAUCAAGAAAACCCUGUUAUGUUCCGAAAUUAUGAUCUCAAUGAUGAGUAUUGGUUGAACUUUGAGUGAACAAUGAAAAAAUUUAGGGUUGAUCUUCAUUUGAAAUUCCGUCGAAGCGAUAGAAAUUAAAGACCAAUUACAACAUUAUUACAAACCGAUGUAGGUGAAAAUUGCUACUUUUGGUUCAUAGAAUCAAUCCCUAUUUAUUUAUAUUUAUUUAUUUAUUACAUUCUUUUUCUUUUAAUAUUGAUAUCAGCACCAACAUCAAGAAAUAGUCUAAUUAAAUAACGAAAGAAAUAAACCAA